AGAGUACUGGCCAGGACUGUUCUCGAGUGGCCGAGCCUGCUCUACGCCAAUGUGCUCCUCCUGACGAUAUUCAUGACGAAUGGCAAGUGUGCGCCGCCCAGAUCGGAAACACCUCUCCUCGCGCUCUCCUGCCUCUGCGCCGACGUCCUUAUCGAACCAUUACUCAUAAUGCAUAUCAUCGAUCUAUUGCUACCGGAGUGCUAUCCAUCGUCCACUACUCCGACCGCCGGGUCUAAAUAUUCUGUAUAUACGUGCAUAAAACAGGGCGAGUCGUAUACGCAGAUUGCCGACCGCAUUGACGACGCGCUGGGUGCCGCCGACGACCUAGCCAGGAUUAGGCAAUCCAUCCAACGAGCGCUACCAUCAAACACACUCAGAUUGACGGGAGAUGCCGAAGGAGGGCUAGCAAAACGGAGAAUGACCAGCUGCACCGAUCGACUCCUCCCCAUCUAUUGCACCGACAUAUCAUUGCACACCUCCACUUCGUAUGGUCUCAUAAUUGAUACAGUGCGCUCCACAGCUUCAUCUUCUGGUGUAGUUUUGGGUACUAUUGCCAAUGGUGUUUUUUUUUUGAGUUUUGGAGCGCCCGCACGGAGUUUGCCUUUAGGCUUGGUCGCUCCUGCCGAGAAGUCACAGGAAGCAGCGGCGGGCAAAGACCAACGCCAUUGCGCUCGAGCGUACGCGGACCCGACGCUGGACAUCGUCCAGAGCGUUUUCAACAAGAGACUGCGGUCGCACGACCUCGUCCCAGCAGCCAGCACCGACAGUCUCCUCCCCCCUGUCGAAAUCCCAAAUUUCCAGCUAUAUUCACCAUCUUUUCACUACGAUUACUACUCGUCAUUGUUGUCGUCAUCGUUAUGUUGA